AUGCCACCAGAAACUUCACCAGACGCGAACAAGUCAGUUCAUGAUCGUUCGUCUUCGCAAGCUAACCGAGUGAGUGCUGUGGAAGUCCAUAAUUCACCCCAUCCAGGAACCACAAAGACGCGUGGAAAAGCAAAGCAGACACCAGCAAGGCAACUUGCUCAGGAUGCUGAAUCCUCGCAAUUGAAGAAGACGAAGCUGCCGGCAACGUUACCGGAUUGUCAUGACAAAAUCCUCACACAGACAAACCAGCUCGUGUCGAAAGAUGAAGAAAUCAAAAAGCUGAAGGAAGCGAAGAAAAGAUUGCAAGCAUCGAAGUCUGAACUGUCCAACAAAUUGAAAUCAAAGAAGCAGAAAUUGCAGGAACUCGAGAACAAACUCCAGAAGUUGCAGGAUGAAAGACUCGAAAAUGCAGUAUCUCAUGAACUGCCCCCAAUACCUGACGAGGAGGUCAACAAGCGGCUCGGAAAGAUCUUCCUGGACACCAAAGGUCUCUCAAAUCGAUGGGUGAUUGGAACAUGGAGACAGAUCGAUGAGAAGAGUCACUCUGAGAUGAUGGUAAAGCUAGAAACUAUGUCUCCCCAGCCGCUUUGGUCUCGACGUAUGAAUCAUGCUAUCAAAGAAAAGAAGAUUGCCCCCAAAAUCAUUGUCAAUACAAUCAUCAAUGCUUCUUUGUGUAAUGAGACAUUUUUCCGUCCAUUCGCAUAUCUUCGCAAACCGGAUAGCAAGCUUGCGAACGGUGUUAUCGAGGACUCUUUGAAGUGGCUGAUUGAAACCGCUACAGCUGACUCUCACGCGUGGAACCAAAUUGUACAAGCAAAGAUUCUUCGCGCGAUUGACAUGCCAUUUGCGGUGGAACACUGGCAGUCGAAUGGUACGCGAUGCAGCCCGGCCGUUAUGCGCUUGAGAAACGAACAUAUUAGGUUGACAUGCUUCACCAUUAUCCGACGAUGUCGUCCAUUCCUGAAGAAAUUGGAGCAUGAGGCCGAGUUGAAGCGCACCAAUGAACUUGAGGGUAUCGUGAGAGAAUGCCAGGCAAUGUCUUCCGCCCUGACGGUUCAAUUCUCGUGCAUCAAGAUCUUCUUCUGGAGUGAGUUGGACGAUCAGUACUUUGCUACGGGCCACAGAGAUCACGAGCCGCAUCGUGGCAUGAAGCUAAAAGAUGGUGAUGAUGACGAAGAAGGCCGAGAUCCCAAAGAAUGUGGUAUCGAGGGAAGUUUGAUAGACAUGGUGGUCGAACCUCUAGUCUUGAGACUCGGUGACACAAGCGGGGUCAAUCAAGAUAUUUUGCAGAACAUCAGAAAGGCCGUGGUCUGGGUGCUUGCUCCAGAUAAUGGGGACGGUACAGCAAAAGUCUCUGGGCGCAAACGAAGACCAUAUACGAACCAGGAUGUCGAUGAGGCAUCUACUCAGCGCCCAUUGCAGUCUGAGAAAGAGACUCUACAUGCAGCUCAAACACGCAACAGCAAGCGGAACCAGAAAGAGUUUCUUGAUGGCCGGGAACCAGUCCCAACACGGGGAACUAAAGCCGAGUAUCAGUCCAUCGAGCCAUCCAUGAUGUUACGCGCUUCAAACGGCAAAUCGUCCAGCCAAACACCUCUUCAGCAGAACGACACGGUCACUGUACAACCUCAGCACGACGACGAUCUUCCGGCAAUAAAAACGGAGGAAAUGCAUGAUGAUGUUAUUUCGGUGUCUUCGGAAGAUGAAAAUGGAGGGUCUUCCUCAGAGUCCAGCAGACGAACUGGGAACGGACGAGUUCAUCAAGAGACUGCGAGAGAUUCUCAGCAGAAGCACGGGCGGAGCCAGCCACGUGUUGAAAAGAGGCCAGCAUCACCGGCGGCAGCGGAAGGCGAGCAUUUCACAGACGAUGUGCGGGUGAUGGAACCAGUGGCAAAGAGGACGAGAAAUGGACUUCAGCAGUAUUCCAACACCGCAGAACCUUCUACUCAAGCCCUCAGCAGAUGCGAAUCCAUGAGCACCACCAACGGGCCGGCGAAGAAACAGAAGCCAACGUGUUCGCCUCGAAUAAAGCUACGCACUUUGAGAUGA